AUGAGAUUGAUUCCAAUGUAUGAAGAAAUCAAAUUUGGUCAUUGUAAAUCUAAAGUGCGAAAUACAGAUGUGAUGUCUAUGAAGGGGAAAUAUCAAUCAGUCUUAGUCAAAUACUUUAGAAUUGAAUCUUUUGAAGGUGAAGGUGUAGUUGGUGAUCUUUGUGGACCUAAGACUCGAACUAUUACUUUACCAAAAGUAUAUGGAUAUCUCACGAUAGUUCAAGCAGGAACGGCCAUAGCCUUUAGCACUUUUCUUGUAACUCAUCUAAGUGCAACAACUUUAGCCACUCUUGGUGGUAUAGAACUAACGAAUAAAACCAUCAUACUUGGUAGAGUUUAUUAUCAAAAUAAAUUAUUAGAACCCAUAGUAGUAUUUGGUGCAUUGGUUGGACAUGUAGCAGCUGGUAUAGCAAAACGAAGUAUUAAACUCUAUUGGAAAUAUAAUAAACGAGAUGAUAGAAAACUUACGGGAGAAGUUCAUGAAAAGGUUGAAAAAAUUGUUACGGAUGAAAAGAAUGAACAAGGAAAUGUAAGCAUUGGACGAUAUUUGGGCGAUUCUUCUUUAAUUAACGCGACAUACGUAACACUUUCUCUCCGAAAAUGGCCAGUUACUUCAUACUUAAGUUUAACCGCUUUAAUCGGAUUGACUGCUUAUCAUGUUAUUAGCGGUUUUCCUGUCGUUUAUAAAAUUUUAAGAGGUUCCGUAUUAAAGAAAAGUGCUGAAAAACAAGUCGUUCUUAGUGAUUCUGCAAAAAAGCGACAACGUAUUAUCAGAAAUGGUAUAAUGAUUACUUCGAUUGGUUUAUUGACUACCGGAUUAUUGGUUAUAGGUGGGAAAUUUGGCAAAGAUCCUAGAAUUCCUUUACGUACCGAAUAUUUAAAAGUUUAUGGUCAAGUACUUCCACAAAGUUGGGUAAGAUAUUAG